AUGUCGGAGUUUGAUUACUCGGAUGUUAACGCUGUUGAUCUCAAUACUGAAGAGCCCCAAUUAUGCCAGAUUCUUUAUGACAAGGAGUUUAAAGACGUAAUGGGAAUUUUGUUAGCUUUGAUGAAGAAACAAGAGUAUUCGCAUAGGGCAAAACAUAUCACGGAAUUAGGAAUAGAAAAACUAGCAUCUCAUUAUACUAUAUGGAUAUACCGAUUCAAGAUUCUUGGGCAAUUGUCCGAUACAAAUUAUUUUGAAGAAUUAGACUGGUGUGAGCAAAUUGCGCUAGAUAAUGAAAAGAAUUAUCAGAUUUGGAAUUAUCGCCAAUUGAUAAUAAAUGAAAUUGUUUCAAAUAAAACUAUUGAGGCUGGCCAAGCUCAUGAGACUCGAAUAUUUGAUCCUCAUAGGGAGUUCCCCAUAUUGGAAGCAAUGUUGGAUUCAGAUUCAAAGAACCAUCAUGUUUGGUCCUAUCGUAAAUGGCUAGUUGAAAAAUUCAACCUCUAUGAUGAUGAAAAGGAGAGAAAGUUUAUUGAUGAGAUAAUAGAUAUGGAUUUGUUGAAUAAUAGUGCAUGGUGUCAUCGAUUUUUUUUAAAUUUCAGCGAUUCAAGAGAAAGAAAUCAAGAGUUUGUUAAUGGUGAAGUAGAAUACGUAAAGGAGAAAAUCAUUGCUUGUCCUCAGAAUGCAAGUACUUGGAACUAUCUUUUGGGGAUUUACGAUAAGUUUCAAUUAGAUCUAAACACAUUGGAACCAUUUGCCAGUAAAUUUGUUGACCUUGUUGAAAAUAAAGUUACAAGUUCAUUUGCAAUGGAAUUAUUAGCAAAGAUAUAUUCAAACAAGGGUCAACAUUUAAAGUCAAUUGAACAGUACCAAUUGUUAAAAGAAAAAUAUGAUCCAAUAAGAAAGAAUUUUUGGGAUUAUGAAAUAUCAAAAAUAAAACAACUUGAAUAA